AUGAAAUCGUCUCUCUACGCCGCUGCUGCGAUCUCCUUUGUGGUGGUGCUCCGGUUGCUGCUGCCCGUCCUGCCGGGGUUAUCGCCGGUGGAAGCCCAGAGGGAAGAGUGGGGAUCUGCGGCGGAGAGUGAGGAGGGCCUGGUGAUCAGAGAGGUGCCGAGGAUGGCCACCGUAGGGGGUCUCUCUGAUGUGGAGGGGGCACAGAAUAGUGCCGAGGUCGAGGAACUCGCCCGUUUCGCCGUCGAGGAGCACAACAAAAAGGAGGUAGCUUCUCCCUCUCUCACCACCUUUCUUCCUGUCGGGAAACGUUCACCCCUUUUCUCAGUGUGUUGGGACUGAUCUGGAUGUAUGUUCAGGGUUUUUUCUGUUCAUUUUUUUUCAUAUGUAUUGUAGUACCUUUUUUGUGUUCUCGUUUAAUUCAUCGUAGACGCCUCUUUUCAUCGGAACCCUUGAAUAUCCUCGUCAUAUUAUGUUCUUCUACCAUGACCUUACCUCUUCUCACGUUCUCUGGAGUGAGAAUCUCCUCCGCACCAAAGGCUUUCUUUAGCUAAUGCUGGCGGAGGGAUUAGCUACUAGCCGAACGGCUAAUCGAGGGGUGUCUCCGGAGGUUAUGACCCCAACCUGGAUGUGAUAUCACUUUAUCUGUCGCGAUCAAAGGGAGCGCUGUUCUUCCUUUAGUUUUUGAAGAAUGACGCAGGCCAGGGUUAGGGUCACAUUGACCGUCUUAAAAUACAACUCUGACUCAUAAAGAUUGAAUCCGCCUAGGAGUUUGCCCUGAUCUGGCUAUAGAUCCUGGUCAAGCUACAGUGAGCUUUUAGGUAUGUGUUCCAGAAACUCCGGCGGUGGUUCCUUCAGUUGAGAAGAAUCCGGUGCCGACAAACAACAGUUUUGGCUGGAAGAUUGGCAAUUAUGUUGCUGAAGCUACUACAAGACACGGGGAUAAAUGAUUUAUCAAGUUUUUAGUCCAUGCACGAUUUUUUAUUAAUUUCAGUUAUAUGAUGCUUGGAUAUUCAUCCUUUAAAAAGAUUUCUUCUUAAAUCGGUCAAAAUUUCUUUACAACCCUUUUUCUUCUUAAAUCGGUCAAAAUUUCUUUACAACCCUUUUUCUUCCUUUUAGUCCAGAUUUUUAGAACCAAGGCAUUUGAGCCGAAUAUUAUCCCUUUAGUUUCAUGUUUUCCUCUGUUUCCCUUCUAAGAGAUGUAAAGAAAGCACUUCUUAUCAUGUAGAAGGCAGUUCUUCAUUUCUCCCGGGUUGUAAAGGCCAAGCAACAAGUGGUUUCGGGCAUUCUUCAUCACCUGACAGUGGAGGUUAUUGAAGAGGGCAAGAAGAAGCUGUAUGAGGCCAAGGUCUUGGUUCAGGCUUGGUUGAAUUCCAAGAAACUUCAUGAGUUCAAUCCUAUCAGUGACUCCCCCUCUAUCACCCCUGCAGAUCUUGGUGUGAAAAGAGGUAUUAAUGCUCAAAUAUUGGAUAUCCCCCUCUAUCCCCCUCUAUCUAGUUCAUUAUUUUUCUUAAUGUCAUCAAUUGAUGAAAGAUUUUAGGAAAAAAAAUUAGUCUUGAUUUUUGUUACAUCACUAGGAAGAAAUCUCUUAAACUUCUUGGUGCCAGAUUUUCUAUUUACGAGAAUUAGUAAUUGGACAUCCAAAGACUUAUGUAUAUUUUUUUCCAAUUUAAAGGAUAAUUUUGUUUCACCCUCUGGUAGCUCGGAUUAGCUACUUCAGUUUCCCUGCCUAAUAAGAACUUCCACAGCUCCUGGCUAUGGAAACAUAUUUUUUGUAUGAACCGAUGGCAUUGUUUCCUCUUUUACGAGCUUGAUAUGGUCUAGAAGCUUCCUAAUUUCUGUCAUAAGAUGAACAGCUUGAAUCACUUUUGGUAGCUUUCCCUCUGAGGGAAAUAGAGACUAUGGUUCCAGAGUACAGAGAAGAUUUCUUCGAUAGAUUAAUGUGUAAACCCAGUGUAUAGUUAUGCAAUGUGUAAACCAUUAUGAACCUUCAAUCAUCUUGUUUGCUUGUUUUAGUAUUACAUUGUUCAUUAAUUUAAUGAGAAUGGGGGAGGUUCACCAACAACAAAUUAUUUAUGUUCCAUUGUUAGAAAAUACCUUUUUUCUUGAAUGAACGGGCCCGUUUGCCCAGAUCCACUUGUACCAGGAUGGCGAGAUGUGGCAGCACAUGAUCCUACUGUCCGAGAUGCAGCCAUUCAUGCUGUGAAGACUAUCCAGGAAAGAUCCAACUCACUGGCUCCAUAUGAGCUAUUGGAGGUCCUUCGGGCCAAGGCUGAGGUUGACUUUUUUCCUUUUUUUUUUUUCACACUUUCUACGUUUUAUUAGUAUUUUUCUGUUGACCGUGGGAGGACAUUUCCGUAUCUGAUGUCUGUUGAACGGCUAUUUUGUUCAGGUAAUUGAAGAAUCUGCCAAGUUUAAUUUGCUGCUCAAGAUCAGGAGGGGAACUAAGGAGGAGAACUUCAAGGUGGAAGUACACAAGAACCUGGAAGGGACUUACCAUCUGAAUCAGAUGGAGCAAGAUCACUCUGACUCUUCUAACUAA